GCCAACCGUGGGGCGGACGCACGGCUUAAGAGAUCUUACUUUACCCUCUUGGAACAAGCCCCGAAGAAAAUUGCCUCGGUUUUCACGAAGAGGCCGUGGGGGCAGACAGACUUAGAUUCGGAUUCAGCUUCCAUCACUUCUUAGCGGUAUGCCAAGAAGCCUUUUCACACAGAUGUCCUUCGAGAUAAUAUGGAUCAGUCCGGAGUUCUCCUCUGGGUGAAAGCAGAACCCUUUAUAGUGGGUGCCUUGCAGGUCCCCCCUCCAUCCAAGUUCAGUCUUCACUAUCUCAGGAAGAUAUCCACCUAUGUGCGAACCCGGGCCAUGGAAGGGGCUUACCCACGCCUGUACUGGUCUACGUGGAGGCACAUUGCAUGUGGGAAGCUGCAGUUGGCUAAGGAUCUGGCGUGGCUUUACUUUGAAAUAUUUGAUAGUCUUGCAGUGAAGACACCAGAGGAGCGCCUGGAAUGGUCUGAGAUCCUGUCCAACUGCAUGUCAGAGGAUGAAGUUGAAAAGCAAAGAAAUCAGCUUUCAGUGGACACCCUACAAUUUCUGCUCUUCUUAUACAUACAGCAGUUAAAUAAGGUCUCCCUGAGGACAUCUUUGAUUGGAGAAGAGUGGCCUAGUCCCAGAAAUAGACCUCAGUCUCCUGACUUGACUGAAAAAUCCAGUGGUCAUCCUAAGAACUGGAAUGAUUACAGUCACCAAGCAUUUGUCUGUGAUCAUCUAUCAGAUCUCCUUGAGCUACUUUUAGAUCCAGAACAACUCACUGCAUCAUUUCAUUCGACACACAGCAGCCUAGUCUCUCGAGAAGCUGUCGUGGCUCUCAGCUUUCUUAUUGAAGGUACAGUGAGUAGAGCCAGGAAGAUAUAUCCACUUCAUGAACUCGCACUGUGGCAACCACUACAUGCAGAAAGUGGCUUCUCAAGGAUCUCGAAGACCUUUUCUUUCUACAAGCUAGAAGCCUGGUUGAGAGCCUGUUUGACUGGGAAUCCAUUUGGUACAUCUGCUUGCCUUAAGUCUGGAAAGAAAUUGGCUUGGGCUCACCAAGUUGAAGGGACGACCAAAAGAGCUAAGAUUGCUUGUAAUACUCAUGUGGCCCCUAGGAUGUACCGCAUGGUGGUAAUGAGCCAGGUUUACAAGCAGACCUUGGCCAAGAGCUCAGAUACUCUGGUGGGGGCACAUGUAAAGAUUCAUCGUUGCAACGAAUCUUUUAUAUAUUUGCUGUCUCCUUUACGAUCUGUGACAAUUGAGAAAUGUAGGAAUAGCACCUUUGUCUUGGGCCCUGUACAGACUGCUCUUCACCUCCAUAGCUGUGACAACAUUAAAGUCAUCGCUGUUUGCCAUCGUUUGUCCAUCUCUUCCACAGCAGGUUGCAUCUUUCACAUUCUGACGCCUACACGCCCACUUAUUCUCUCUGGAAACCAGACAGUAACUUUUGCCCCUUUUCAUACCCAUUACCCAAUGCUAGAGGAUCAUAUGGCCAGGACUGGCCUUGCUACGGUGCCUAACUAUUGGGAUAAUCCGAUGAUUGUGUGCAGAGAGACUAGCAACACAAGUGUCUUCCGACUCUUACCACCUUGUGAAUUCUAUGUAUUUAUUAUCCCCUUUGAAAUGGAAGGGGACACAACAGAGAUACCUGGGGGUCUUCCAGCUGCCUAUCAGAAAGCACUGGCUCAAAGAGAACAGAAGAUACAAAUCUGGCAGAAAACUGUGAAGGAGGCUCGUUUGACAAAGGAUCAAAGGAAGCAGUUCCAGGUACUUGUGGAGAACAAGUUUUAUGAGUGGUUGAUUAAUACGGGACAUCGCCAACAGUUGGACAGUCUUGUGCCCCCUGCAGCAGGCUCCAAACAAGCAGCAGGAUAAGACUCCUACGUGGAAACGUUGGGCCCUGGUAACAGGAGGAUGGAUAGAAGAUGGUACACAUCUUGAAGAUACAUUGGGAAGAUGCUCUUGCUGCUUAAGAGACAUUGGUGCUCUUUCCUUCCUGUUUAAGACCGUUCCUUGAUUUUCAUUCCAUGCUGAUAUAUUACUACUUAGGUCGGAUUUUAGAUGAGCUUCUGACUGUCAUAUAAACGUAUUGUUUAUAGCACAUCAGAAAACCAAAAUGAAGUUGAUAAAGGCAGUUUCAUUGUAUGUUACUAUUAAAGUGAUUGAGUGUAGAUUUGCAAGUAAACUUCACAUUUCAAUUUGUAUGAUGAAAGGGUAUCAUCCUUUCUAGAGUUAAGUAAGAGUUUUCUAGUUCUUUGUAACUAUUUAAAAGGAAGUUGCUGUUCCUUUUAAAAAAUGAUUGGAAUGAAAGCAUAGUUUGUUGGUGUAUAAAUAUAGCAGAAAUAGUUUUAUACAAAGAUAUUUUAGUCCUUAAAAGUAUGAAACAAUGAAAUUGUGUAAAAUCUCUAUUUUUCAUUUUCUGCUCCAAUUUUUCAAUAAGCAAACUCUGAACAGUAAUUUUCUUCUUUUGAUAAAAAGAUAAAGCUUUACUUUUAAUUUUAGAAAAGGUUUUAUGAGGGAGGAAAGAAUUUUUCCUCUAUCCUUCUAGGUUCUUUUGGCUUUGAUCUACUAAUUAAAUGGCCAUAAGACAGAUUAACAGGAGGAAACAAUUUUAAUUACAUAUCUUUGGGUGCCUCAUAAGAACAUGAGUCCCAGGAACAAGUCAGGCAGUUGGCAUAUAUGCCACCCUGAACUAAGGAAUGGAAUAUCGUCCUAGGGCUUCAAAGAGGAAGAGGGUAAUUCACAGGAUGUUAAGAAGAACAGAUGGGAGGCAGGUAGAUGUUUGCCAUGUCAUACAGUUAGUUGGGUCAUUCAGAUUAAAAAUUCCCUCUGGUAAUGGCGCCCCUUCUGAGCCAGGCCCCAUAUCUGAAUUAUUUUAGGUGGUUAAGGGAGGGAAAAUGUUUUUCUUGAACCUGAGAGGUCUUGAUCAUUUUCAGCUCAAAAUCCCCACAUGCUACAGUAGCACAUUUUUGGGGUCAUGUAUUCUGCUCCCUCUUAGUUACCAGUGUCAUCCUGUGAUGUUAUAUGAAAAUAAAGUUUACAUUUGAUUGGAAAAGCUGUAUUCUUUAAGA